CAACAGUUUCUCUAACUGAACGCGCCCAUUGACAUGUUCAGUUCACUAGAGUGACACCGUUUUUGUAGAUAUGUUUUCUUUUAUUUAAUCAUCAAUUUUCAUGAUUUUUAUAAAUUCUCGAGAUAAAUGAUGUAAAGGUUUGCGCGAAUUUAUCAUAUGAAUUGCAUAGUUAAUCAUCUCGCAAGUUAUUUCGUUUUAUACGUAUAGUACUUAUAAGUAGCUGUGAUAACUUAGUCGUAAAUAAACGCGUCAUCUGCUACGUUCUCGAUUGUCUGACAGUUUCUUUCGAAAGCUUUCGAGAGUAAAAUUAUGGCCGCGUUGCAAGAAAACUCGUAUUAAUUCGCAUCAAUAAUGGUUGCUGCUGGAGCCACAGUUCUGAUGGCAGCUAGUGAGGAGAAUUUGUUGAAUGAAACAGGAAAUGGUAUAACACACUUGGUAAACCAAAGUACUUGUUCCCAAUAUAAUGAAAUACGUUGUAAAAGAAAUAUCGAGUCAUCAGUGAAAGGAGAUGUAGCAACUUGCUCCUCCAAUAUCAUAGAAAAGAAACAUCGUAGUCUUAUAGCAGAGAGGAAUGGUAAAAUAUUAUCUAAGGUACAGUCCAAAGAGAACUGUAAAAAUUUAACAUCUUGUAAAACUACUCCGAUUCGUGAAACCAGAACUUCUAGAUUGCGAGCUGCUUCCAUAGUAUCACCUAGUGAUGUAACAUUAUCAUCCAAAAGAUUACUUGGAUCAGAAGUUCCUGGAACUCAGAGGCACAGUUUAUUCGCUAAGCAGAAAAAUUCCACAUCUUUAGACGGUGGCAUUAUGAAUUCUGUGAAGGAGAGAGAUAAAAACUAUAAACGCAAGUCUUACUUAAAUAGAUCGCGUCAUGUGGAAGCAACGCCUACUGAUCAUUUAAGUGAAGCCGAGUCAAGUGAGAGGCGUUCUAGGAGACAAUCCUUUAAACAAGAUCCGGUAACUGAAAUGGUAUCCAGUCCUGCUGACUCCUGUGAUAAUCGGCAAGCCGCGAGUCCACGUAGGAAGUACACUAAUUCGAAAGUGACUCUCUCUAAAACUUGCCCGUCAUCUUCUGUCGCGACCACAAAGCGCUCGAUUGCACGACAACAACCUAGCAGCGAUGUAGGCGACUCGGAGAUUUCACGAAGAGUGGACGUGCUAACGGCGCUAACGCGAGCCACGAUAGAACGUGUGGAAAGACUCGCAUCUACAACAAUGAGCUGCACAAAUAACUCGCCUGAGAACGUGCAUAGUGUCGCUGAGAAGACGCCAGUGUCGCCAAAAAAGUCGACAGUUUCGAGACACGCGCCAGUUUCAAUCCUAAAGCAUAAAGCGAUCGACGGCGAAGAAGGCGAUCGGCAAGCGUCGUCGAGUGGUUCUUCUCACACCCCGUCGCCAGUAACGUUCUCGCCUUCCGUCACAGAACCAAUUUCCCGCAAGAAACACGGUAUUUUGAAGAAGCGCAGCAGUUUAGAUGAAAACGAAAUAUUGCGUCGUCGCAGCUGCUCUCCCGACGUUUCCUUCGCCGACAAUAUCUAUUCAGAAUUUCGGCCAAUCCUGAAGAAUCAGAGGCGAUCAUCGCUGGACGAGAUUGUCAAGAGAGAUCAGAGCCCUGAUCAGCAGCUUGCCUCUAUAUUGAAACGCAAAUCGUCCAGAGAAGACGACAGAGAGUUUCAUCGGUCGGCAUUGGGAUCGCCGGAGCCGCAGAGUAUCCUGAAGCGAAAACUCGCCAAUAGCGUGCGCGUCAACAGCGGGAAUCAUCACGCAACCAAUCAUCAUGUAACAUCGGACGCUGCGAGCGCGAAUGCGAGUGAAAGCACGAUCGCGUGUACAAGCACGAGUCUCAUUUCCGACGGUCUCGAAGGGUCCGAAGUUCGUCCGAUAUUGAAAAAGAAAUACGGCAGGGAGGAAUUCAUCGGGGGUGACGUCUUGUCGCUCGAGCCUCGGCCUAUACUGAAGAAAAAGUCGAGUACCGAAUCUGACGAACACGAGCAUGAUAGACCGAAGAAGACGAUCCUCAAGUCCUCGCGGAAGAAUUCGUACGAAGAAGGCGGUUACGAGGCGGAGUCGAUUUCACCGCGAAAGCUGUCGGCGCUGAAGAACAGGACGACCGAAGUCGAGAGUGUACGACCUAUACUGAAGCAAACUGGCGGCGGCGGCGGCGGCGGCGGCGGCAAUCGCUACCACGAAGACGCGCGCGAUCAGGCGGCGGACUCGUUUUUGCGAAAGAGAGCUCAGUCCGUGGGUCAUGUGCGAUCCGCUAACAGCGAUGACUGCGCGGAAUCGAUUCGUGUGCUGGCGAAACGAAGAUCUCUCGAAUCCAGCUCGCCGAUCGAUGUGUCGCGUACCUCGACGAUUCCACGUCGUUGUCUCACGACCGACCGACCCAGUGAGAUCUCCUACAUGACGGAUAGUUCCGGUGUGAUUAAAGAAAGUGAGCUGUUGUGCGAAGAAUUCAGUAAAACUGAAGCGAAUGACACGAGCGCUAUGGAAGAGAAGAAUAAAGCAGACUCGCGUGCACACUUGGCGAAGAUCGGCGCCGACGGCGCAAACGACUGCGACGCGAUGGGAACUCUCGGUCAGGCGACCGACAGGAAGGAGACUGUGGAAGACGCGCAGAGAGAUUACGAGGAUUACACCACCGUUCGUCGCAGCAACAGCGUGUCGAAAAUGACACAAUAUUUCAAGACUCUGCAAGAGAAGGUGAACACUGCCGCUGCGGAAAACUGCUCUCAGCAUUUAGUCACGCAAAGAUUGUCGUACGGCAUGCAACGUUAUCGCGAACGUAAAGUGCAAUGCAGCGAAAGAUUCAACACUCAGCCGGUAACUUUCCAAGAAGUGCGCGAAGCGGUCCUACAAAAUCAGCGCAAUGCUGCAUUGAGCGUUGCGGGAACGCCCGACGACGAACCGGAGCCGUCCAAGCUGAGUUUGGCCGAACGCGUGCGACUCUUCGACCAAAAGAUCGCGACCACGGACACUGCCGCAAUGAAUGUCGCGUAUCCGGAGAAGCUCACUCAGAAGAGACGACCGUCCACUCGUUACAAAACACAGCCUGUAACAUCCAAGGAGGUUGAGGUCGCGUCCCGAUUGUCAUCGCUCAACGCGAAUCAUCAAACUCAAACCUCAAAUGUUGAAGGGUGCUCGAACGAAAGCCAGAAAGCGUUUACAACGUCGCUUACGUCGUCGCUUACAAUAAUGUCCCAGCACGAUUUACCGAAAAGUAUUUUAAAGUCAUCCACUGGUUAUAUGCAGAAUCUGUCGUGUGCCAAAAAUUUCGAACCGUCGGGUACAAAGUUGGUGAAGUCUAUGCUGAAGAGAGAGUGCGAAGACUCGGAGCAAUCGGCGGCGACCUUGCCGAGUUGCGACGUGUACCCGCGUUCUAUUCUCAAGAGUAAUCCUUGCUUCAAGUCCGGUCAGACUGUAAAUGUCGUUGACGUAGCUGCAUCAAAAAGCGAGAGGGGCGCGUGUGGUAACGAGAAGCAAAACUUGAGCAGCGAAAUCGUCAAGUUUUGCGAGAAAUUAAAUAGUUCCAAUGGAAUGACCAAUAUCACACAACAUAAUUUACAACUUUACUCUCGCGACGAUACGUGUACGAUUGCGUUCAAGGACGCCCAGGAAAACGAAGCUACAGUGCCUUCCCAUAAAACUGCAAUAUUUUGGAACGAAGAAAUCCCUUCGGAUCGGACCAAGUGCAAGAUUGACACAAUUUCGAGUAGCGUAGCGAGAAAAAACAGCGAUAAGUGCCGUGAUAAUGCGUUGGCGGCCAAGCCGAAUCGGCCAUUAGAUGGCAGUGGCAACAAUAAUGACGACGAAGAUAAGUACUGUAACAAUGGGAGCGACGACCAAGGAAAAGAUGGCGACGAGGGGGGAAAGAAGGAGACGGCGAAGCAGGACGACGAUGAUGAUAAUGAGCGUGCAUCGUCGUCCCUCGCCGAUCGCCAGGUGCAGCGCGCUGUUACGAAUGAGAAGCGCGUCGCGCAACAUGGUUUGCCUUCACCGGAACGAUGUCGCAGCGCGACGCAAGUGAUAGCGUCGAUAGAGACGAGCGACACGCCGAGUGUAAGUAUCGCCGAUCGGCUGGCCGCGCUACGUCACAACGGUAGCACGAACUGGAAACAACGCAUGGCCGGCGGCCGAACUGAGGAAUCGUGCGGCGCGUCGUCGUUGAAGGAUUUAAAAGAGAACACGACGACGAUUAAGUCGAACGUGCUGGCCGACUGUAUUGGUAAACUAGAGUCCGCUAUGGAAGGCUGGAAGACUAGAGUCGUGACGCCGGACGCGAUCAACUUCACCGUCGCUGGAAAAAUGAAAGUAACUCAAUCGAAAGACGUUGAUACGCCGUUUCUCUCGAAAGCCACGGCGAAUGUUCCGAGCCAGAAGAAACAAGCAUCGCGCUCGCAAUGGUUGAAAACGAGGAAAGUAUGUAACGACGGCGCAGUAUCGACUCCUACUAGUCCGUGCAAAGAUUGGUCUUCUGCCACGCGUACGAGCUUCUCGGAACCCGUGAGCGACGAUAGCGGUGAAGAAUGUAAAACGGAGCAUGUCUUGUCGCCGACUGUUUCAGUACCUAAAAUGGACGACGAAACGUUCACCUCUUUCUUUAGCGGUGUGUCGCUGGAAAAGUGCGGGACCGAGUGUCUCGAUUUAGAUGAGAAUGCCUUCAAUAUAGUUGCACCACACUCUGAAUUAUUAGUGCAAAAGCGGAACAUACGAAUGCAACGUCGACGAGCAACCUCUAAAAAUCCUCUCAAAGUUCUCGCGGCACGCACUGAUUUGAGGUCAGAAUAUACCGAAAUUCAUACGGAUGUGGCUGCGAGAAUGCUCAACAGCUUGAGUGUAAAGAUCACCAAGAGCUCGUCUUUCACCGUCGAGGCUCUUGCCGGUUUGGCUUCUACUGAAGAUUUUAGCACAGUGACUUUGAGAAAUGUAACGGAAAUCGGCAUAUCAACAAACAAAUUGCAGCCGUAUAAAGACGUAAUGCUGAUAUUGAUUAAAGGAAGACGCCACGUUCAAGCCAGACUGGUCGAGCCUGUCGCCGAGAGUAUCAAUAGCGGUGAUAAUUACAUAUUGGUGACGAAAUCUGAGGUUUUUAAUUAUGUCGGGAAAUACAGCAAUGUUAUUGAGAAAACCCGUGCCGCCGAGAUCGCAUUAAGUAUUCAACAGCAAAAAGAUCUAGGUUGUCAAGCUACUCAAGUUAUCACUAUAAAUGAAGACAAACUCAUUUGUACGAGGAAUCAAGUUGAAAAGUUUUGGCAUUAUCUUGGUGUGCGCGAUGGUGGAAGAUUAAAUGUUACCGAGGCUGGCAAUCCCGAUGAGGAUGAGUUGUAUGAAUCCGCUAUUAUCGAUACAAAUAUGGUGUAUGAAUUGAAGAACGAACAAUUGGUGCCUCGCGAAAAGUUAUGGGGCACGCUUCCCAAAAUAGAAAUGCUCGAUAAAAACAAGAUUCUAGUAUUCGAUUUUGGCACCGAGAUGUACAUUUGGAACGGUAAAGGAGUCUCGGCAGAGAAGAAGAGGCUUGCCACGCAACUUGCUACAGAGAUGUGGAAUAAUGGAUAUGAUUAUAGCGAGUGUGUCGCUUGUCCGAUUGACGCGGCCCGCGUGAUCGGUAAUCGAAGCAACGCGGCUCCGCUCACAAAAUCCGCCAAAAGCAGGCCCGAAUGGUGUCUGCUCGCCAAGUUAACUCAACACGUCGAAACGAUACUUUUCCGGGAGAAGUUUCUCGACUGGCCUAAUAUUGUUGCGAAUGUGAAAGCACGAGGCCGGAAGGAUAGCGCGCGACAAAUGGACGGCGCUACAACGGUGCAUUUGGAUGAUAGCGAUGAUAUGUGGUUACCGAACACCACUCCGGUCGAUCUGGUUUUAGAAGGUUGUCAUUUGGGUAGAGGCAUUGGUUGCUAUGAUAAUGAGUUAAGGAAAGAAUAUGUCAUCGCUACGACAUGCGUGAUGGUGUGGUACAUUGAUGAAUUCUCGCAUACGCGUUUAGAUGGCUCGUCCAUUGGCCAAUUCUAUUCUGGUGACAGCUAUAUCGUUCAGUGGACGUAUUCCGUCACGAUUACCGGCCGAGAAUUGAGUGGUCUGCCGUCUAAACACUCGGCAAAGGGUCGCGACAGGUCUGUAUAUUUUAUUUGGCAAGGCCGGCACGCGUCCUUGAAUGAACGGGGUGCCGCAGCGUUGCUAACGGUUGAAUUGGACAGUGAUCAAGGGGUACCUCAGGUUCGCAUUGUCCAAGGACACGAACCGGCUGUAUUCUUAAAUUUAUUCUGCGGAAGGAUGGUGGUGCACACUGGUAAGAAAUCUGAGAAGAAAGUCGAGAAACGAUGGAGAUUCUACAUUUGUCGAGGUACCUUGGAGUCUGAGGUAUUGAUCGAGAUCCCUUGCAGCACUCGACAAUUGAGAAGUAGAGGUUCCUUUCUGCUGCUGGAUACCAAAAAUGCGAAAAUAUACAUCUGGCAUGGGAACCACUCGUUGCGCCACAUCAGAGAGAAUGCAAUCAAAGCUGCAAACAAGUUGAAAGAGAAUCGACCCGAAGAAGCUGGAUUGUCGAAAGAAAAUGAAGUACAAAUAUAUGAAAUUCAAGAGGGUUCGGAACCUGAAGAAUUUAAUAACGCAUUAGGUGGCGUGAAUAAAAAGUUAUACUGGUCGCUGGAAACAACUGAAAUACAAGAUCAUACUCCAAGGCUUUAUCAUUUAUCGAGCAUCUUUCAAAAAUUCCGCGCAACGGAAAUACUUUGUCUCCAUCGUGCGGACCUCACGACGCCAUUCCCUUUCCUGCAGGAUGACUUGUAUCAAGCGAGCCAACCAGCUUUAUUUUUAUUGGACGACAAGAACGUGAUUUGGAUUUGGCAAGGAUGGUGGCCCGAUAGUGAAACGGAAGAUCAGUCCGGAACCAAAACUGUUCGGUGGCAGGCUGAGAGGAGAGCAGCGAUGACGAUAGCGAUAAGAUAUUGGCGAAAAACUCGGAGCACACAAACAACGAAUUUUCCAAUCUACUUAGUAUGGGCCGGUUUGGAGCCAUUGCAAUUUAUAAAUCUCUUUCCCGAAUGGACGUAUCGGGAUGAUGUCGCCGAGUUAAACAUGGAGGAUGGCCGAAAUCCAGGAGAAGUGUUAACCGCGGAAAAUGAACUGGCUCGCCUGACGCAAAGCACAUAUCCUCCUGCCCAGCUGUUACAAAGACCUUUACCCGACGGAGUUGAUCCAACUCGCCUGGAACUGUAUUUAUCCCAACAACACUUUCAAGAGCUGUUUGGAAUGAGCAAGGAAGAAUUUCAACAGCUUCCAGUUUGGAAACAAGUAAAUCUGAAGAAAGAAAUGGGACUGUUUUGAUGUAUUGCUUCCAUUGUCUACGCUACGAUCAGCAGCUAUCCUUGCAAAACAUUCGUGGUUUCGUAAACUGUUUCAUCAUGUCUAUCACUUGAGAACUAGAAGGUCUCAAUUUAAAAAAGUAUUUUUGCCGAAACUUGUGUAUAGAAAACGAAACAUUUUGAAAAAUAUUUCGAAAGCGAAUAUGUUAUCGAUAAUAUAAAAUAUAAUAAUUAAGUCGAAGAUUAAGAACCUACGCGAUCGGAAAUAACGUUGUCAGCACUAUCUGCAUUAUAAUGCAUAUGUAUAAUGGUAUAUAGUAGGCAUAUUGGACACAGAUUAUAUAUUUUUAAUACCUAUUACAUGCGAAUCAGCUUGUGAACAUUUUCUUUAUAUUUGUAUGUUCUUUAUAUUUGCGAAUGAAUGCUAUGCUGUUCCGCCUUAAUCCUUCAUAUGUAAUAUCUGUGUAAGAUUU